CGAUCCCCCCUCGUACCUGACUCUCAAAACCUUACAUCACUAAAUUUUGAUUCGUGCGCAUAUGUUCUCUCCACACGUCAACUCCCCACAGUGGACCCUGAAUGCCGCCAUGUGCGUAACGGGCUGGACAUGUGGCACUACCCCGCGACGGACGCGGCUUUGGGGAGAGAUUGGAGGCGCGGAUUGGUGGGUGAGAUGAAUGAAAUAAGGUUGACAAUGCCAUGCCGACGACGAUACGAUCAUGGGGAACUGAAAGACGCGACGAUGCCCCGAACAGCGGGAGACGAAGCUAGCUGAGAAGUCGGUCCGGCACUGUAGUACUAUAAAGAGGAGGAUGUACUCUCUGGAACAAGACCUUAUGAAGUUGGCACUGGCUUGAGCAAACUUCUCACCAUGCUUCUCAGAUUCAAUCUCCUCGCCACAGCUGUGCUAGGCUAUACCAGCUUAGUGUCCUGUCUUCCAUCAUCAAGUCCUCGGAGUUCUGCUCAUCAGUCUGUCACGCGUGCAGAAGAGUAUGAAGGCUAUGCAUUCGCAUACUUCACUGGAAACACCAUUACGGGCGAGAAAAUCUACCUUGCAGCCAGCAAAGGAAAUGAUGCGCUGCAGUGGAAUGAACUAAAUGGCGGACAGCCGAUCUUGACCUCGACGCAAGGAACGAAGGGACUCAGAGACCCCUUUUUGAUCAGAUCGCACGAGGGAGACAAAUUCUUCCUUUUGUCAACGGAUUUGUCGAUCGGAUCAGGCACGAGUUGUAUGUCUUUCCUACUUGGAAACGGCCAUCACUGGAAAUUUUGCUAAUCUACUUCUCGUCAAAGGGGGCGAUUCUGUCCGCAACGGCAGUCGAUAUCUCGAGAUCUGGGAAUCCAACGAUCUUAUCACCUGGUCUGAACAAAGGCACGUCCUCGUCUCACCACCAACAGCGGGAAACACGUGGGCGCCAGAGGCAUACUAUGACGAGGCUUUGUGUACAUACGUUGUUUUCUGGGCCAGCGAUCUCUACAACGAGACCGAUACCGCUCAUACUGAAUCCUCGUACCAACGCAUGCUGAUCUCCAAGACGAGCGAUUUCAUCACAUUCAGCGAACCCGAGAUCUGGCAAGAUGCAGGAACUGCGAGAAUUGACUCGACUGUGCUCAGAGAAGGAGAUGUCUAUUACCGCUUCACCAAAGAUGAAGGCGCUGUUACUGGAUGUACUGAUAUCAUCCAAGAAAGUUCCUCCGUCCUUGCAGCGAACUUGUCAUCCUGGUCAAUAAUCACUAGUUGUAUCGGCACGAAAGCUGGAACGAGUGCAGUGGAGGGACCAACCUCAUUCAAAGCCAACCCGAAUGAUGUCAACGGUCAGAAGUAUUACCUCUUCGUGGAUGAGUACUCUGGACGUGGAUACAUCCCACUCGAAACAGCUGAUAUCGCUGCAGCAAACUGGAAAGUUUCGAGCUCAUACAGUCUCCCAGCUAGUCCUCGUCAUGGAACUGUGGUUCCAAUUACCGCCGCCGAGCUGGCUGCCAUAAACGCACACUAUGGCACUGUAGCAUCGAAAAAAGAGCGCUCAACCACUCUCGAAAAACGCAAUAGUCCAGUCCUUCCCGGCUACUUUGCCGACCCAAACAUUGCCGUGUACGGCGACACAUUUUACAUUUACGCCACAACAGACGGUUUUCCUAGCUGGGGUGGCCAAGUCUUCUACUCCUGGUCCUCACCCGAUCUCGUCUCAUGGACUCGCAGCGAACAGCCCUUCCUCACAUUGAACGGCACAUCCGGCAACGUGCCGUGGGCAACAGGCAACGCCUGGGCACCAACCAUUACCGAAAAGAACGGGAAAUACUACUUCUACUUCUCCGGCGAAAACCCCACUUACAACCGCAAGACCAUUGGCGUGGCAAUUGCCGAGUCUCCGGAAGGCCCUUUUGUCGCUGAGGAGAAGGCUAUGAUCAUCAAUGGUGGCAGUGAACCUCUGACUGCAGGGCAAGCGAUUGACUCAGAUGCGUUCUUUGACCCCGUGACAGAGAAAUACUAUCUAUUUUGGGGCAAUAACAAUGCGUUGGUGGGCGAGUUGGGCGAUGAUAUGAUCAGCAUGAAAUGGGAUACUGUCAAGGAAAUCACUGCGAACUUGACGGAUUUCCGCGAAGGUACAUUCGUCGUGUACCGAAAUGGACUGUAUCAUCUCACGUACAGUAUUGACGAUACGGGAUCGCCGAAUUACAGAGUUGGAUACGCAACUGCGGAGAGUGUGUAUGGUCCGUGGACAUAUCGUGGGGUUGUACUGCAGAAGAAUGAGGCGUUGGGGAUUCUAGCGACGGGUCAUGAUAGUAUGGUGCAGGUCCCUGGAAAGGAUGAGUGGUACAUGGCGUAUCAUCGGUUUGCGAUUCCUGGGGGAGAUGGGACGCAUAGGGAGACUACUAUUGAUAAGGUCGAAUGGGACGCAGACACGGGCUUGAUGAAACAAGUCAUUCCGACUUUGGAGAGUGUACAACCUGUAACUAUAGGAUACUAAAUAACAUUCUGCUUGUUUGUUCAGUCAAUAGACAUUGAGCCCUUGCCACAAUGUCUCAUGCUAUAAUCAAACCUAGUUGUAGUACCAUGGCAUUACAGUGGAUGAUCGUCUUUG